AUGGAACUCGAGAGUUGGAUUCCUGGUGUAUUUCAGGACCUGGGACAGCCUUUUGGUGUCACCAUGAGUCCGUUGCCUCAACGACUUGAUGAGGGCAUACCACAAAAUGGAUCAUCAGACUCAGAAAUAGGACCCAAAAUACCAAUGGAGACUAGACCAGCUAGAACGAAAAAGCGACCGCAUACAAAGUCACGCCAAGGUUGUCUCAACUGCAAGGCCAGAAGAGUCAAGGUUGGACCCGUCCACCUAUCGGCAACUGUGUGCAGAAAUUGUUUGCUGACAUAUCCCCAGUGUCAAGAAACACAGCCUCACCCGUGUUCAAACUGCGUAGGACGAAACAUGGCGUGUGUCUAUCCAUCGAAAGACCAGCUCUUUCGCCGUCGUCGACCCGUUCCAACUGAAGGACCACCUGAACGACAGGAAUGGGCCCAUGAACCCAUCACUGGCGUAUUCACUGCAUCACCACUAACAGGUUGGAAAAACCUGUCAUACAAUUUCUCAGAUACAUUUUCGGCAGCCGACCUGCGGUUCUUACAUCACUUCUUGAUCACCGCAUACCCGCAUCUCCCUUUUGGGAGCGAAGACAUAUGGAAGACGUCUCUGCCGGCAUAUGCGCACGAGUGUCGACAUCUGAUGCAUGCAAUUCUCUGCCUGGGAGCUUCUCACCUGUCCCGAAUCACACAGAAUGGGGCUAUAUAUACGCCUAUGGCCAUAGCACAUAGAGGCAAGGCGCUUAAAGCACUAGGCGAAGCACUCGCAACAAGCGACCAGUGCACCAGAACCGAGCUAGAUUUAUUGUUAGCCACUACUUACGCCCUUACAUUCCAGUCUAACUACAUGGAAGACGGGCUUGUCGAUUUCGUCGUCAUGGUUCGAGGCUGCACAAUCAUAACUUUGCGUAUCCUGAAUAUCUACAAAGGGAGCGAAAUGUUUGACUCGCUUACGACGGAAGCUAUCUAUGCUCGUGUCCUGCCUCGUCUCCCACUGACUACAUGCUGCGAUGGGGAGAUGCUGGAUAUUUGCAUUCUGACCCUCGAAGGUAUCCAACCACUGCUCCAAACUAGCAGUCACAUGAUAACCUACCAGGCUAUCCUGAACGUAUAUAGGGGAUUGCAACUCUCUGUUCGAACAGGAUUUGUUGCGCUGAGCGAAGUAUACAAUAGCUGGGGACGAAUGGAUAAUCAGCAGUUCAUGGAGCUCCUAGAUCCCGGAAACCACGUCUCACGACUGCUGCUCCUUCAUUUCGUUGCGAUAACAGUUAUGAUGUGGCCAGUUUUCUGUAUACUGCGGCCAUCGAUGCUAAAGAACCCAAUGGCCGACCUUACUCCUUGUCAAUGGGGUGUUGCUAUAUACCAAAGUCUGCCUUUGAAUAUGCGCGAGCUGGUGGAGUGGCAGGCAACUUAUAUUGCCUCGGGUGGAGCCAUACGUAGUUCACUUGGGAACUUGGAUAAAGUUCAUGAGCAGUUAUAG